UUUGUUCAAAGUGAAUUUGUUUUAUGUAUAAGUGUAUCAAUCUCCUAUAAACCUACGAAAUUCUGUUUUGUAAACACCUACCAUUAAUUUGUUAAAAAAAAAAAUAAUUUAAUACGAAAGUUUAUAAAAAGUGUUGAGUAAGAAUUGAAAGUUGAAUUAUGUAGUAUUAAAUGAGAGUGAAAUUAUUUGGAAAAUUGUGUAUGUAUUUUCCACUCCUGGCAAAUAAAAACUAAAAUGUUUCACAUAAGAUAGCAGCUUUAACAAUAACCUACUUAAAUUUCCUCAAAAUGACUCAAACAAAUGAAGCACUGAACGAAGGUGUACAAACAACAAACACGACUUCAACUACAAAUCAACAACAAACUAAUCAUGCACAAGUAUCUCCACAAAAACGUGAACCCAAACGACGUCCGCCACCUGUACGUCCAACGGCUCGUCGAAAAUUAAGUCUUCAUCAACCUAUGGUAACACAACAAGCUGGUGAAUUCGCUAUACCAAGUACAACACGACGACGUUUUAGUAAUGUGAGUGAUGCUGUCCAAAGAAAAUUAUCCAAUUGGCGCAAUCCUAGUUUACCAACGGAAGAGAUUGUGACUCAAGGCAAGUCAUUAUGUGGUCAAUACAUACGUUCUCGGUUAAAACGUUCUGGAUUCUUUAAUAAAAAAUUAACAUUAACACGUUUACGAUCUGUGAUUGGUACAACAACUGGUGCCACUGUGCGUGAAGUGAUACCACGAUUAGUAGCUGUGGGUGUUGAAUUAGAACGCAUGCAUCCAAAAGUGUUUGUGAAUGUUGCCCGUCAAGCGGGUCGUGCUAUUUUAGUGAAUGAUAAAACUGUGCAUUUGUUAUAUGUUUCUAUUGCAAGUCAAAUUAUGAAAAGUGGUGAUAUGACUUGGGGUAAAGUUGUGGCAAUUUUUUGUGUGGCCGGUGGUUUAGCUGUGGAUUGUGUAAAACAAGGACGACCUGAAUAUUUAACAAAAAUUGUUGACGGUGUUGAAGAAAUUUUAGAAAAUGAAUUGGCUCAUUGGGUAGCUCAGAAUGGAGGAUGGGGUGGAUUAAAUGUACAUUUUCGUUCACCAGAACCAGGAUUUACAAUAAUGGAAUGCUUAGGAAUGGUAGCUGUGUUUCUAACUAGUGUAUUAGUUUUGGCAUUUAUUUUAAAAUGGUGGGGAAAUACAGCAUUUUAAUAUUAU